UGUAGCAUGUGAGCAUGUUUGGUUGGCGAACUGAGUGGAAACGAUACAUGGAGCGCUCGUAUAGAAAUACAAUGCAUAACACGGAGGAGCCAGAUUUGGGCGACCGUAAUAUGAAAAAAGAAGCAUCAGAAUCAUUAGGGUUUGUUCCUCAAAAAGAUAUUGUUUACAACCAACUUCUGCCUUACAAGGACAAAUUAGACGAAGAGUCCAAUGAAUUUUUGGCACAGAUUAAAGGGAACCUCGGCCGAGCGGUUCAGCUCAGAGAGAUAUGGCCAGGUGUUUUAUUCUGGACGAGGAAACUUUCCACAUACUUGCGAUUAUAUGGAAGAAAGUUCAGCAAAGAGGACCAUUUGCUCUUUAUCAAACUGCUUUACGAGCUGGUCACCAUCCCCAAACUGGAGAUCAGCUUGAUGCAGAGCUUCGCCCGUCUCCUCAUCACCCUCCUUAAGAAGAAAGAGCUACUUUCACGAGAUGACUUAGAAUUACCAUGGCAACCCUUGUAUGAGCUACAUGGCAGGAUCCUGUACUCAAAGACAGAGCAUCUUGGCCUGAACUGGUUUCCCAGUUCUCUGCGGCCACGUUCUUCCUCUAAGCACAUAAUCGUUAAACUUGCUCAGAGGUGCUCAGUGGAAGCGGUUUUAAAGGCCUUAAUCAAGAUCUGCAGGCCAUAUUUCCCAGAAUCUGCCACGCAGGAGAUGCUAGAGGAGUGGAGACCUCUGAUGUGUCCGUUUGACGUGACCAUGCUGAAGGCGAUGGGGUAUUUUGAGCUCUUCCUGCCCACAACACUUCCCCCAGAGCUACAUGAUAAGGGCUUCAAACUUUGGUUUGAUGAUUUUAUAAGCCUGUGGGUGUCUGUGCAGAACCUUCCCAGUUGGGAAGUGCAUCUUGUCAGUCUUUUUGCACGACUGGCAAAUGACAACAUUGGCUACAUUGAUUGGGACCCUUAUAUACCAAAGAUCUUCACAAGGAUCCUGAGAAGUCUGAAUCUUCCUAUAGGAUCAAGUCAGAUGCUGGUUUCCAGAUAUCUGACAAAUGCUUACGACAUAAGUCAUGUGGUCAUUUGGAUUUCUGCCAUGCUGGGAGGACCCAGCAAGCAGACCCAGACACAGCUCAGUGGCCUUUUCAACAGUAUCGCCUCAUUUUUCCACCCCUCUAACAACGGCCGCUGGCUGAUGAAACUCAUGAAGCUGUUGCAGCGUUUGCCUGCCAGCGUGGUGAAGCGUCUGCAUCGAGAACGUUUCCGCACACCAACAUGGCUGACGCCCGUUCCCGAGAGCCACCUCCUCAGCGAGCAAGACAUCACUGACUUUGUGGAAAGCGUGAAGCAGCCCGUCCUACUGGCCAUGUUCAGCAAAACCGGCAGUUUGGAUGCCGCCCAGGCCCUGCAGAACCUUGCCCUGCUCCGACCCGAUCUAGUCAUUCCUCCAGUGCUAGAGAAGACGUAUCCCGCCAUGGAGACCCUCACUGAGCCUCACCAGCUAACCGCCACUCUCAGCUGUAUGAUCGGUGUGGCGCGGUGCCUUGUGGCCGGGGGCCAGAGGUUUCCAGAGGGACCCACACACAUGCUGCCACUCCUCAUGAGGGCUCUGCCUGGGGUCGACCCCAAUGACUUCAGCAAGUGCAUGAUAACAUUCCAGUUCAUAGCAACCUUUGUUACUCUUGUGCCAUUGGUCGACUGUUCGGCUGCCAUACAGACCAGAGAUGACCUCACACAGGUGGAAAAGGAGCUGUGUUCAGCCUCUGCCGAGUUUGAGGAUUUUGUUCUUCAGUUCAUUGACCGGUGUUUUGCUCUGAUUGACAGCAGUACACUGGAACAGACCCGGGAAGAGACAGAGACUGAGAAAAUGACUCAUCUGGAGAGUUUGGUGGAGUUGGGCCUGUCCUCCACAUUUAGCACUAUUCUCACACAGUGCUCUAUGGAAAUAUUCCAGGUGGCUAUGGAGAAGGUCUUCAACUUUGCCACUACAAACAUAUUUGAGACUCACGUGGCCGGGCGGAUGGUGGCGGACAUGUGCAGAGCUGCAGCCAAGUGUCAUCCAGCGGAGGCUUUGAAUCUCUUUGUGCCUCAUUGCUGUAAUGCCAUACUACAAAUCGCAGCAAACGAAGAGGUGUUAAAUGAGGAUGAGCUGGAUAAAGAACUCAUGUGGAACCUUCAGCUGUUGUCUGAGGUGACCCGUUUGGAUGGUGAUAAGGUCUUACUCUACAGAUCUCAGCUGGUGCAGAUACUGCAGUUGACUUUACACUUGAAAUGUAAGCAGGGCUACAGUCAGGCCUGUAAGCUGCUUUAUCACAUCCUGCGCUCCGUCUCCAUCAUCUUCCCCAAAGAGUACUGCAGCGUGCCCGGCGGCUUCCAGCAGCACACGGACAAAUACCUGCCAAUCAAGGACUGGGGUCGACCUGGAGACCUUAGGAAUCUGGACAUCCAGUGGCACGUGCCCAGCGCAGAGGAAAAGCACUUUGUCUUCUACCUGUUGGAUUUGCUGCUAAAGCCUGAACUCCAGCGUCUGCAGAAGCACACACGGGGAGAGCAGGAGAUCAGCAGGGAUGAUGUUUUACAGAGCCUUACCAUAAUUCAUCAUUGUCUUCUGGGAGCAGGCAGCCUUCUGCCUCUACUGCAUGGAGAACCAGUGCCAGAACUGAUCAACAGUAUGGUUCAGUUGUUCGAGACGAAUGUGUAUACUGGAGCAGAUUAUGAUCUAUCUAAAGAGAACUACAGAGAAGAAAUCUUGAAGACAAUCAGACCUUUACUGCAUCACACACUAGAGCACUCAGAAGAUGACACUAAAUCCCUCUUCUCUAUUAUAAAGAUAAUCGGUGACCUCCUUCACUUUAAAGGUACUCACAAGCACGAGUUUGACUCCCGCUGGAAGAGUUUUAGCCUGGUCAAGAAGUCCAUGGAGAACAGGCUUCAUGGAAGUAAACAGCACAUUAGAGCUCUGCUCAUAGACCGAGUCAUGCUGCAACAUGAGCUGAGAAGUGUGAUCGUGGAGGGCUGUGACUAUAAAAGUGUUCAUCAGGAUCUGAUAAAUGACCUGCUCAGACUGUCCACCAGCAGAUACAGUCAGGUGAGAAGUAGAGCUCAAAGUGUGCUGUUCUCGGCUUUUGGAACCUAUAACUUCUGCUGUAGAGACAUAAUACCAACUGUUCUGGAUUACCUGGACCCAAACCGCACUGACGUCACGCAAGAGCAGUUCAAAGGUGCCUUGUACUGUCUGUUAGGGAAUCAUUCUGGGAUCUGUCUGGCUAACCUGCAGUACUGGGACUGCAUUGCUCUGACGUGGCCCGCCAUUGUGCGUUCUGGCCUGAGCCCUUCCAUGUCUCUUGAGAAAUCUUCUAUUGUGCGACUCUUUGAUGAUCUCGCUGACAAGGUCCACCGGCAGUAUGAGACCAUCAGCAUUGACUUUUCUAUCCCAGAAAGUUGUGUGGAAGUUGCUCUUAAGCUACAAAAGUCCAGUAACCCUGAACCAACACCAGGUGGCGCUUUUGAACAGGAUGAACUGGAAGGAAAACGGAGACAGCAAGAGAAAAACAAAGACUCAAAGCAAAAAUAUGAAAAGCUAGUGGCAGAUCUUUUGGAUUGUCUCUACAACAGAAACAUGCCCUGGAAGUUUGAGCAGAUAGCCAUCGGCUUCCUCUCUCUGAUGCUGCGAGACGACCACCCUCUGCCGUCCUCCGCUGUCCUCUUCUUCAUCCAGAGCCUCAACCACGACUCCAUCUUAGUUCGCAAUGUUGCAAUAUCUGCAGUUGGUGGAAUUCUGAAACAGCUCAAGACGCCUAACAAGAAAGUGGCAGUAAAUCCAUACGACAUAACAGAGCUUAAAUCCUCGCUAUGGUCAAGUGAUGGUAAAGCUCUUGGCAGUCUGUUGGCGGGAGACAGGCCUGAUAACCAGUGGUUGCAGUAUGACAGCAGCAGGUUGCCACGCUCCCAGCAGGACUGGAAUGAAUGUUGCUUUAUUGAGAAAACACACUGGGGUUAUUCCCCAUGGCCACGGAAGCUGCUGCUUUAUGCCCCUUCUGCAGAACAGCCCAGACAAAGCAAAACAAGAGAAGAGAUGAAUGAGAGUGAACAGAUCAUAUACGAUCACUUCGCAGAUGUGCGGUUCGUAGAUCAGUUCAUCCAGUAUUUGUCUAUGGAGGACAGGAAGGGCAACGAUAAAUUCAGCCCACGUCGAUUUUGCCUCUUCAAGGGUCUUUUCCGGAACUUUGAUGAUGCGUUCCUGCCACUUCUCAAGCCUCAUAUUGAGCAUCUGGUUGGAGAUUCCCAUGAGAGCACCCAGCGCUGUGUAGCUGAGAUUAUUUCUGGACUCAUCAGGGGCUCCAAACACUGGAGCUACAGCAAGGUGGAAAAACUGUGGGCUCUGCUCUGUCCACUUCUCCGUACGGCCCUCUCCAAUAUCACCAUAGAGACGUAUUCAGACUGGGGCACCUGCAUUGCCACUGCCUGCGAGAGCCGAGACCCACGAAAGCUUCACUGGCUGUUUGAGAUGCUGAUGGAAUCACUUGUCAAAGGAGAAGGAGGGUCAUUUGUGGAUGCCUGUCGUCUUUAUGUCCUGCAGGGAGGUCUUGCUCAGCAGCAGUGGAAGGUCCCGGAACUGCUUCAUAGGUUACUGCAGAACUUAGAGCCCAAACUCACUCAGGUCUACAAGAACGUACGUGAACGCAUCGGCAGUGUGCUCACCUACAUCUUCAUGCUCGACGUGAACCUGCCACACACUCGGCCCACCACGUCCCCUCGCAUCGGAGAGUUCACAGAGCGUGUGCUGGCUCGACUCAAGCCACUGACAGAGGGAGAGGAAGAGAUCCAGAACCACGUGAUGGAGGAGAACGAUGAGGGGGCCCAAGACGAGAGGACGCAAGCCAUCAAGCUACUCAAAACAGUUUUGAAGUGGUUGAUGACCAGCGCUGGACGUUCCUUCUCUUCUGUAGUCCCAGAACAGCUGCGUCUCCUUCCUCUUCUCUUCAAAAUUGCUCCCGUGGAGAAUGACGACAGUUAUGACGAGAUGAAAACAGAUGCCAAGACCUGUCUGUUUCUCAUGUCGCAGGGACUGCUGUACUCCGAACAGAUCCCGCAAGUCCUCAGUUUGCUUGAAGAGAUAUCCAUGAGCAGCUCGUGGCAUGCUCGAUACACCGUUCUUACUUACCUGCAGAUCAUGGUGUUCUACAAUCUCUUCACUUUUCUUAGCGAUGCCAAGGCCAUGAGUGACGUAAGAGCGCUUGUGCUGCGUCUGCUGGAGGACGAGCAGCUAGAGGUGAGAGAGCUGGCUGCCACCACACUAAGUGGAUUCCUGCAGUGUUAUUUUCUCCGCAUUGAUGAACCUCUGCAGGCCCACUUUGAGUCCCUGAGCAAGACCCGCCUGCCCAAGCGCAAGAGAAGAGAACUGUGUUCAGUGGUGGACACCAUUCCUUCUGCUGAUCUGGUGCGUCGGCAUGCAGGUGUGUUAGGUCUGAGUGCAUGCAUCCUGUCCAGCCCGUAUGAUGUGCCCACCUGGAUGCCCCAGAUUCUAAUGGAUUUUAGUGCCCACCUCAAUGACACACAGCCCAUAGAGAUGACAGUAAAGAAAACCCUGUCUGAUUUCCGUCGCACUCAUCAUGAUAACUGGCAGGAACACAAGCAGAAAUUCACAGAUGACCAGCUGCUGGUGCUCACAGAUCUGCUGGUCUCCCCCUGUUACUACGCUUAGGGUUGUUAUAUCCACACAGGCUCUCUUCCAAAAACGUAAAUGAUGCCACUCUCCUGUGUAUUGGUGGUGAUGGAAGGCUGAGCUAGUUUAAGUGCUUGAAUUUUCAGGUGUUUUUUUGUUUUUUGAAUGUUUGGGAGACAUUUUGGAGGAGAGAGGAAUUAAAACUGCAUCCAUGUAGCAGUAGCUGCAGUUAUCUAGUUAUAUGAUAGCCUUUUAUUUUUUUAUUGUGGUACACUUAAUAUUUAAGGGGAACCUAUUGCAGGUACCGCUGAUUGCAUUAUGUACUUGUUCUUUUCUUUGCUUGUGUGUUUUGCACAAGAGCACGAGUUGUGUUUUCUGCAGAAGAGAAUCACUGUUAAGUAUGGAUUGUCGAAUAUAAAGCAGUUUUCUGCACUGCUUUGUAUAUUAAUAUAAUACUAGUACUGUUAUAGUUUUAGCAGUAAUUAUUUUGAAGUAUACCCACGUGUAAUGUUUGUUUAUGUUACAUAUGAGGUAGAAAUAUAAUGCAUUUGAACAGUUUUCUCUUUACUCAUUAAGGUAUACGAAUCCUGUAUGUUUUCCCCAUCUCAUACAGAUCUCUCGCAUAGAUCUCUUGCAUUUUCAGCAGUAUAGGUUAUAUAGAGAAAGAAUAUUGUCAUAAUGGAUAAUUCAUAAAACUGGUUUUUAAACCAUAUGCUUUAUUGUCCUUCAUACUACUGUAUUUCAACUUUUUCUCUGUACAUAAUGUUUGCAGUCAACAAAAGAUAUUUAUUAUUUGUUAAUUUAUUUGAAGUUGUUGUAGUUGCUGAGGUAGAAAAGUGCAUGCAGUGAUACAGAACUGCAGUCACGGGUGCUGCUCUAUCUGUCAGAAGCAACAAUAACAGGUGCCAUUUUUAAAACAUAUACUAGGAAAAAAUGUUUUGAUGACAAGCAAAAUAAAAAUUGGUCUUUGGUCUGCUGGCUAAAACUUUCAUGCCACACAAGACAUAUGUUUGUUUACUGAGAUGGCAAUGCAAUGUUUGAUUAAUUUAUUAUCAAGUGGUAAUUUAUUAUCAAGUGGUCUUUACUUUAUAUCCCUUUUACAAAUAUUUGAAGAUAAAAGCAAAGCUAUGAGAUUUGUAAUAAAGUGUGUUCAAUUU